CCCCAAGGCCCCAGAGCUAGAGGAGGGGCCAGGGUUCCCGCCAGGUCGUCUGGCCCCAGAGCUCUCUAACCACUCUGGCAGAGAGGGAGAGAGCACACAGCAGCCCGAGUGCUAGGAUGUCUCCUGAACUGAAAGCAGUCGUUGGAAUGAAGUCUGUUAGUUGGGAUGGGCAGCCCCAGCCACUUCUAGCCCAGCGGGGGUUCGCACAGGUACUUCUUCCCUCCACCUCGCCCCUGGCAAAUGCCCCAGCAGCCUGGCUCCACCCUGAGUCUGCACGGAAGGGCAGGCGACAGCUACACGGACAGCUACUCCAGCCGAUUUGAUCUCCCGGUGCUGGCCAGCUAUAGGGAUGGAGCGGCAAAGAUGGAGGGCUCCCCGUCUUGGAAGGGUCCAUUUGCCUUUUGCCCUGCUCCAGCUCCAGCCCUUCUGUUUUUCAACAGGAAAAGGGUGAGCUGGGGUCGAAGCAGGUGGUGACAAGUGGCAGGUCUGCAGGUGGGCUCUGCAGGCUCUGUGUCUGCACCAGCUGGGCUGUUAGAAGGAGCAGGCGUGAGACGCCUCAGUUGGGGGGUGUUGAACUUGGCACUAGGGGGUGGGGAUUAACCAAUGCAGCCGGGGCUACUUCUCACUUCCCUUAUCACCUCCUGCCACCUCCCCCCAUAAAUGUUAAUGAACUCUACCUUCUGCCUCCCAGCUCCCUCUAGUCAAGGGAGAGACUGGGUCAAAAUGGAGGUAAACUGAGUCUGAGCCACAUAAGAGGAUCUAGGCCUUUUGCUCCCAUUCUUUUGGUCCUUGAUAAUUUUCAGGGAGUGUCCACCUCGGUUGAUGCUCACGGUGGCAGUUUUGACAACAUCGGUAAUGGCCAUUUCCUUUUUACAAAUUAGGAAGUGGGACCAGAGAAAUGAAGGGAUUACCAUAGGUCACACAGCCCAUAGAGGACAGGGCAUGGGGAUGGGGAUAAAAUCCAUGGAACACUCUCCAUGCUGCCUCCCCUCUUGGAAGCCAGCACUGGUCUUCACUGGCCUCCUGGGGUUAAAGGAGAAAGCUGAGUCAGGAGGCCGGGCCUGUAGGUGCACAAUGGGAAGGGACAAGGAGCAGGUAUCACACCAUAAAAUAGGCUACUCACCCAUGCCCUAGAGUCCCCUGGCCCAAGCCCCUGGCUGAGCCCCAGGCCAAGCUUGACUGCUGGCAUCUGUUACCAUGGAGACCCAGGCCUGGCUGGGGGGCUAGCAGGUGACAACAAGCCCCUCCCCCACUGAUAAGAACCAGGCACUUGGGUUCAGAAAACUGGGACCCAGACAGCGCUAGGUGGCACUUCCCACACCUGACUCCUUAAUUCAUUGGGUCCACCCCAAGUCUGAACUACAUCCUCCAUGGGUUCAUUCCCACCUGUCACCCCAGGAGUGAGGGUGGGAGGAGAUAGCUCUGAGCACCCUACUGGGAGCUAGGAGCAGGCAGAUAGAUAUGUGGGUGAGGUCCCAGGCUGCCCCAAGAAGAAAGCCAGAGCUGGCACCAGGCACAGCGGACAGAUGGACUCAGGCAUUUCCUCGAAGGGGCAGAGUUUAAAUCGGGCUGAAAGUGAACAAAUAUAGAAAAUGGAAAUCAUCAGGGGCACCAGCCUGGAUGAAAGCAGAGGAGCAGGACAGGGUGGGGCAUGCAUGGAAAAUGCUGAGCACUGGACCGGGAGUCUGGGUACCCGGUACCUUGUCCGAGUCACGUGCCCCUCACUAACUAGCUGUGAGACCCUCCCUGGGCCUGGACCAGAUGAAGAAUCUCAAAGAACCCUUCCAGUUUGGACAGUAUGAUUCAAGUAUGGAACCAACCCCGGACUCCCCCAGUUACAAGGCUCCCCCCACCCCGCACUCCCCAGGGCAGUUCAGGCUGAACAGGGCCCUGAGCCCCGCUGCGGGGUGCCAGGGCGGAGCUGGGAGCCAGGUGCUGGACCUGGACAGUUGGAGGUGGCCAGGAGGUGGCCUUUGGGCUUGUCUGGGGGCGGGGGAGGGGUGGCAGACAACUUUGUGGAUUGAUCUAGCUCAGGAAGGUGAGAAGGAGGCUUGGAGGUGAGAGUUUAGCUCUCCUGCUCAUCUCUUUAGGUAAAUACAUCCACAUAGCAUUUCCCCUUCUCUUUCCAUCCUGGGGGCGCUUAGACCUCGGAGCCCAGAGCUGAGAUGUGAGCUCUGCUUCCCUACAUGGGGGCUUCCCUCAGAGAUUCCCCCCAAGUACAAGCCUGCUUCCACAGUCACCAUCACCCACCUUCUGAAGGAAAGGGACAAUUAGAGUCCCCAUCACCAGCCUCUGGGGCCUUGGAUAUCUUGGCCCAGAGGGCAUGGACACAGCAGAAAGGCUCCAGACGAGACCUCCGUGGAACAGAAAGAGCAUGGACUUCAGGAGCCCAGUCCCGCCAUUCACUGGCUGGGUCAUUCUGAACUAACUACCUACCAGUGCAUCUCAGUUUCCCUGUCUGUAGAAUGGGGUAAUACUGGUCCUACCACACAGCAGGGUGGGACCAGAGGUCAUGUGAAGAGGCUGGUGGGCGCUUCAUCCCAGGCAGGGGCUGGUGGGCACAGGGAGGAGGCCCUAGGUACAGCCACUGCCCCAGAGAGGAUGGUGGGUGGGGCCCAAGAACAUGUUAUGCCUUUUGACAUCUGCUCAGUGCAGUUAUCUCAUUUGGCCCUCUGACAUUACUGUUCCCACUUCUAGAAAAGUGCCUGGGGCCCAAAGAAAAGGAGCUUGUGCCAAUGCACCAGCCCCUCUCAGAGCCUGUCUGUCCUGAGUCAGCAGGCCAGCUCUCAAGCCCACACUGGGUCCUCCCACAGCCCCAGCUGCACCUUCUCCCCCAUCCCUGGUCCCCAACCUGUUGCACCUGCUAUUUGCUGCCAGUCGGGGCGGCCUUGACACCUCUAACCGGGUGGCCAGACCGCAGAGAGGGGGAGCCAGGGGUGACAGAGGCAGUGGAAGCCAGCGCUCCUAGCCAAGCCCACCGCCUGCCCCCUGGAGGGAGGCUCCUCCUUUUAAGGCUGCUUCUGGGAAUUUCCACCCCCAGAGCCAGACUCAGCAACCCCUGGCCCGGGAAUGAUACCUGCGCUCACCCUUGGGGAGGUGGGGCACCAGACCUGAGGGCAGGAGAAGCUGGCCCCUGGGGAACGGAGGCGGGGCCCUCCCAUCCAGGUCUGAGGGUCAGGGAAAACGUGGGAGACCACGGGGUCCAGCCUCCUUAGCCAGCAGCUCCAGACUCUGUGCGCGGGCAGCCCCGCAAGAGGCUGGCAGCCCCCGCCAGCAGCUGCUUUGCCCGCUCACUGGCCAGGAAGGUGGACACCUCACACCUCAGUCUCCCAAUUACGCCCUCCUCCCCCACUCCUCCCCUCCCUCUCUCUCCCUCCUCCCCUCUCUCUCCUCCUCUCCCCCCUGAAAACCUGUGGCUUGAAGAGACCUUGGCUUCUCUGGGACUCUACCCCUCUCUACCCCUGGGGACUGCCCAUAUUUGCUCCUGAGUUUGGGGGCAGGGGGGCCACCACCCCAAGGACUCUCUCCGGAGAUGGGAGCCACCCGCCUGCUGCCCCACGUCACUCUGUGCCUCCAGCUACUGAUUCUCUGCUGUCAAACUCAGGGGGAGAAUCACCCGUCUCCUAAUUUUAACCAGUACGUGAGGGACCAGGGCGCCAUGACCGACCAGCUGAGCCGGCGGCAGAUCCGAGAGUACCAGCUCUACAGCCGGACCAGUGGCAAGCACGUGCAGGUCACCGGGCGUCGCAUCUCUGCCACCGCGGAGGAUGGCAACAAGUUCGCCAAACUCAUAGUGGAGACGGACACAUUUGGAAGCCGCGUGCGCAUCAAGGGUGCUGAGAGUGAGAAAUACAUCUGCAUGAACAAGAGGGGCAAGCUCAUUGGGAAGCCCAGCGGAAAGAGCAAAGACUGCGUGUUCACGGAGAUCGUGCUGGAGAACAACUACACAGCCUUCCAGAAUGCCCGGCACGAGGGAUGGUUCAUGGCCUUCACGAGGCAGGGUCGGCCCCGCCAAGCUUCUCGCAGCCGCCAGAACCAACGAGAGGCUCACUUCAUCAAGCGCCUCUACCAGGGCCAGCUGCCCUUCCCCAACCACGCGGAGAGGCAGAAACAGUUCGAGUUCGUGGGCUCAGCACCCACGCGCCGGACCAAGCGCACUCGGAGGCCACAGCCCCUGACGUAGUCGGGGACACUGGGGGCAGCUGCCCCUCACCAGCCUUCCCAUCCCCUUCCCUUCCUAAUCCCAAGACUGGGCUGGGGUGGAGGGAGGGGAACCAGAGCCCCCAAGGAGGACCGGGAAGACCAACCAGCGUCAGAGCCUCGAGCCGGAAAGGGGCGGGACUGCCACAAACCAGGGCUGGGGCCUCCGGGCAGCCGCCCCAGACCCCCGCACUGAAAUAGGCCCCGGGGGAGGGGGUGGGGCAGACCCCCAGGCGAGGAACUGUAGUGUUCCCUCGGAUGCAGGCUCCCUAAAACAGGUGGAAAGGGCAGCAGAUUCAAGGCCCUGCAGACACGGUCCGGAGGUGGUUCUCUUUAAACUCUGCCUGCGGAGUCUUCCUCAGUCUGCUCCCAGCCUCCACAUUCCUCCUGGCCAGACUGUAGGAAGGGACUUUUGUGUUUGUUUCAGGAAAAAAGAAAAGGGGGGAAGCGAAAGAGAGAGAGAGAUGGCCAUUCUUCACAUUCCGCUACCCAGGCCUGCACCCCCAUCCCCAAUUUCGAGUCCCAGAAUAAAACCAUUUUCCUGCAAA